GUCAAAUACACUACACUGGUUCAUUGAGCGAAGUCACAACAACAACACUAGUCUCGUAAAACACAUAGAAGCGCGGCGGUCAUUUAAUUGAGUCAUUAAUUCCAUAUAAGAUUUUGUUGCGAUAUUCCGGCAAAUAAUUACACUAAAACGUAAGAAAUUCUUAGAAAGGAUUCAUUCAUCGCGUAAAAAGAUUAUUUUCCCUUUUCUGAUUGUCACUCUUCAUCCUCAAUCGCGCACGGACAGAUAGACGCAAUCAUGAAAACCUUCAUCCAAGAAAUGCGAGAAGCGACGCGAGACGUACAUGACAUUAGCGACAAACUUGUCAACGCAAAAUUAAUGUUUGCAAUGUCAGAUGACUCGGUGUGGGCGGACGGUUUGCUCAUUUUUUACGAGAUCUUCAAAUUUCUCGAGGGAGCAAUGACACGGAUGAAAGAUUCCCUUAUCGGAGAGUUGGACGUGGAGGGAUUGAGAAGGACCGAGGCGUUUGAGAAAGACCUCUCGUUUUUCAUGGGACGUGGCUGGGAAAAGCACUACCAGCCAAGGCCAGAGGUGGCAGCCUACGUUCGCUACUUGAAAAAUUUGGAGGAAACGGACCCACACCAGCUGAUGGCGUAUAUCUACCAUCUUUACAUGGGCCUUCUCUCUGGAGGCCAAAUUUUGCAGAAGAAAAGGCAGCUAACGCACAAGUUCUUCCCCGUGUUCGGCCAGCAGGUGCAGAACCCAACUGACGGCUACGAGAUCACCAAUUUCCACAAUAGGACAAUCGCUCAAGUCAAGCGAGACCUGGCCAAGAAAAUGAAUGAGGUUGCUGCCGAACUGGACGAGGCUACUAAACAAAAACUGAUUCAAGAGAGCAGAACUGUUUUCAUUAAGAACAACGAAAUUAUCAGAACUGUACAGGGCGCAACUAAUGUGGUUGUUCGGAGAGUUUCAAUCUUUCUUGGCACUAUUUUACUAGCCGUCGUUAUUACUAGCUACCUUUUUAGGCAUUACUCGUUUUGAGAUCAGGAAAACCAAGGGAUAUAAUCUAAUGAGAAAAUAUGCACUCAGUAUUGAAAAAUUCGCACAAUUAUGAUGAUUAAUUGUAUUUAUCCUGGAUCUCAAAAUUGGAUUUUGAUCUGACUGAAACUGUACUGUAAGUAGGUAGAAAAAUUUCCACUUAACUAGUCUUUCGUAAUAUAUGUCUGGAUUAAAAUAGGAUAAUUACGCAA